AAGAAGAAGAGAGAAAAGAAAGAAAGAAAAGAAAAGAAGAAGAAAGUAGAAGAAGAGAAGAAAGUAGAAGAGAAGAAAGAACCUGAACCAGUUCCAGAGAAAAAGAAAUUUGACAUGUAA